CUCAGAUCAAGCCGGUCCCUUCCCUCUGCCUCCCGUAUGUAUGUAUGCCUUCGACCGUCGGGACUUGCGUUCGUCGGGUCAAGUGCCGAAGAAGAGGGGCGGCGUCGAGCGCCAACGAAGGAUCACCAUGCGGCUCCACCGUGAACAAGGCGUAAGAGCUGUGGUUGUUCGUGAGGGUCUGAGGUGCAUGCCGAGGGCAUUUUUACACUCUAAAUAGUCGUUUACCAUUCUGGAAUGUUUGCCACGGCAACCUUUCAGUCUCUUUCCACCUCGCCCGACCCCACAAAUAUUCGAUCGCCCGGCGAGAUGGCGAGAAAGUAUCGUAGUAGUAGAUCUCUUCAUUCUCUUUUUUACGCGAAAGUCCCCGGAAUCCCGGAUUGAACGGAAAGGUAUAUAAUGGGUCUGGAUUAUCGAUGGCGAAGGGAAGAAGCCCUCUGCGAUCUAUACGGCGAUACCUGUACACUCUCCACCUCGCCUCCUAACUCAUUCGCUCACUCGCCAUGAAGAUCGACGCUGAAAUACUGAUCGAAGCUCCUCCUCGUGUGGUUCGAGAAGUCUGGCUCGACUUCCCCCAUCUCUCCGACUGGCAUGAUGGCUCGUUCUGGAAGAACAUUGAGCUCACAGCUCCUGAGAAGUCGAAUGGUCUCGAUGCGGUGCCUGGAGACGAGGUCAAGUGCACCAUGCCCAGUAUGACCUUCAAGUGCAACGUUGCAGUCAACCAGCCCGAUCACUUUCGAUGGGCCAACUCUGUCCCCUUGAUGGGAUCCGCCGGACACGACUACUACUUCAUGUCUGUCCCUGGAGAGGCCAACAGGACUCGCUUCGUUCAGCACGAGGACAUCACAGGCGCCAUGGGACUUAUUAUGGGCAUGAUGGGUACCAAAGAGUCCUCCAACAAGGGAUGGAAAAAGAUCAACGAGGACCUCAAAGCUGCUUCUGAAAAGCGUUGGGCGGCUGAGAGUGGACACUAGGUAGUACAAGGUGAUGUAUUUUGAUUAUAACCUCUGAUGUAUAGAGCUCGAGUUGUGGAUGCAUCCCGUGUGCGAUACAGAGGA